GGCAGCGAGCCACUUGUCGCGAUCAGACAGGCCAGGGCUUCGCUAGCUGGGGAGGAUAAGUCGACGUGGACUCCUCUCCACAAGUGCAAACCAAGAAAGAGAAGGGGAUCGUUGUUCUGAAGCUGAAGGGUUCUCGUCUUCAUCGCUGUCCGAUGUACGAACUGGAGACGAGUUGAAACUUGCUCUUCACGCGCGGAAUCUGCUGUUUCGAAAGUCGGAGGAGACGAUGAUAUCUAUCGGGGUGCCCAAAUCUGUGGCCGCGCUCUGCACGGGAGGGAUUGCCCGAGCAGGAGCGCUGUCCGAGCAGGCGACGUGUUCCUUUGCUUGGGUUCAGUCCGGAGUCGUCGGGAAGUCGUUCGGAUGGAGCGUCGGCGAGACUCUGAAAAGAUCCCAACCCCGCCGAGCGUUUGCAACUCGCUCGCGAGCUGCAGCGAGUGGUGGCGUCAAUGGAACUGUCGCAGAUUCGAAAGACAGUGAAUAUGAUUAUGAUCUCGUGACCAUCGGAGCUGGCAGCGGAGGAGUGAGGGCUUCACGAUUUGCUGCAAACCUUGGUGCUAAGGUAGCAGUUUGUGAGCUUCCAUUUUCCACAAUCUCGUCUGACUCGGCCGGAGGUGUGGGUGGCACGUGUGUCCUCCGAGGGUGUGUACCGAAGAAGAUUCUGGUAUAUGGAUCUCAGUUUCCUCAUAGUUUCGAAGACAGCAAGGGAUUUGGGUGGUCAUACGAUGCCAAACCAAAGCAUGAUUGGAAUAUGCUGAUCGACAAUAAGAACAAAGAGCUGAAUCGUCUGCUUGGAGUUUACAAAAAUAUUUUGAAGAACGCAAAUGUCGCUCUCAUUGAGGGACGGGGCAAGAUAGUUGAUCCUCAUACAGUUGACAUCAGUGGCGAAAGGAUUCGCGCACGGCAUAUUCUGGUCGCUGUAGGGGGAAGACCUUACGUUCCGGACAUACCAGGAAAAGAGUUUGCGAUUACCUCAGAUGAAGCUCUGGAUUUACCGUCCAGGCCAGAGAAAAUCUGUAUCGUUGGAGGUGGAUACAUUGCCUUGGAGUUCGCUGGUAUCUUUAAUGGUUUGGGAAGUGAGGUGCACGUGUUCAUUCGGCAAGAUAAAGUGCUGCGUGGCUUUGAUGAAGAGGUUAGGGACUUCGUUGCGGAGCAGAUGUCGUUGAAGGGUAUAAAGUUUCACUUUGGAGAGUCACCUACGGCAGUAGAAAAAGGUUCUGACGGUAAAUUUACUCUGGUCACCACGAAAGGGUCUGAGGUUGCGGACUCGAUAAUGUUUGCAACCGGUCGGAAACCAAACACGAAGAAUUUGGGCUUGGAGGACGUUGGUGUUAACAUCAAUUCGAAGGGUGCGAUUGAGGUCGACGAGUAUUCAAGGACAUCUGUCGCCUCUAUAUGGGCAGUAGGAGAUGUUACGGACAGGAUGAAUCUUACUCCUGUAGCACUCAUGGAGGGCAUGGCUUUCGCUAAGACCGCAUUUGGAGACGAACCAAGUAAACCAGAUCAUAGAUAUGUGGCAUCUGCGGUUUUCACUCAGCCUCCUAUUGGAACAGUUGGGCUCACGGAGGCAGAGGCCCUGGAGACAUAUGGAGACAUUGAUGUCUAUACGUCCAACUUUCGACCUAUGAAGGCCACUAUCUCAGGACUGGGUAAUCGGACCUUCAUGAAGAUAAUCGUUGACGCGGCCAGCAAUGUGGUAGUUGGUGUUCACAUGUGCGGAGACGAUGCUCCAGAAGUCUUGCAGGGCUUUGGUGUUGCGGUCAAGGCCGGCUUGACGAAAGCUCAGUUUGAUGCUACUGUUGGCAUCCACCCAACAGCAGCAGAAGAGCUGGUCACUAUGAGAUCACCAACGCGGAAAUUGCGACAAAAGUCGAACAAGGUCGCGGAGGAAGGAGCCGCACGGCCCGUAUAGGGAGUCUAUAUUAUGUAUCCAACGUGAAACUUUUUCUGAGCAUGGGAAUCUUUCUGAGAAAUUUGUGUUCGGAGGAGGAAAGGUGAUAACCACUAACUUGGACGAUUUCAAACAACACAAAUAGGGAAGAAACUUAGUUGACACGUAACCUACAGGGCACUAUCUUGAGGUGAAUUGAUCUCGUAAAUGUAGCUUAGAUCAUAUUAGCAAUGUAUUACAUUAUUGACCUCCAAAUGAGAUAACGAAAAGCAUUUAGUUUGCCAAGAGUGGCAAAAUUUGGAGCGGAACGCUCUGUGGUAAAGUACCUGGAUAGAGGAUCACGACAUCUGGAUCUUGGAGCACCUGAGGUCUUAGCUCUUUCCAUGCGUGCUGAUGUAAUGUACUGUCGCGAAUAAUUGCCAUAUCCACCAGUGCUCGCUCAAGGGCUUCAGGAUUGACCGUUCGUUUUUGGUGCUUUUACACUGAUUCCGCCAUUUCCAAAAAUCAAUCGGACUUUCCUGACCUGUGAGAUCACAUGGGCGACAUGAAUUGGAAGAACCGGUAGAACAGGAAGAUCAGCAGCGAGAAUUUUUCGUCAUAGCAAGGGUGUGGGAAGUUGAAUCUUAAGGAGAAGUUCAUCAUUCCCUCUAGCAAGCACCGACGAACAAAAGGUUUAGUUCGGCUUUACUGCUUAGGCCAGUGACUGAAGAUCCCUAUCGGUGUUCAGUGAAACACUCCCACUACGCAACCAGUCUAUUCACUUCCUCCGAAUGGCAGAAUCUGUGAAAUAGAGAGCUGUGCAUGUCCAUCAGUUUGGAUCGAGAGCCUUUAACUCCAGUUGCACGUAAGACGCCUCAUUAAAACAUUACGGAAGUUGUAAGAAUACCUAGCAGAAUGUAAGGUGAUUGAAGAGGGGACCAUGAGACAAGUUUAACUUUAUCAUCUCUACUAAGUCCACAGGUGCAAUAUCUGUAGAUAGACAAGACUUGAUAUGCUAGCGUGGACAGACUUACUAUACUUAUACAACAUACAAAAGUAAGCAACUAAAAUAUUCUCAAGAAAGCAAAGACCAGCUCUCCUUUUUACUGCUGAUGUGUACUUUGACACUGCGUCGUUAACUCGUUUUUCCAUGAGUUGGCGAGCAGAUGAUAGGCCGGACUCAGUCACCGGGUCCCCACUAGCAGCAAUGGCUGUGUGUCUAGAAGCCAAUACAUAAGUACUGGUGUGGGAGCAAAUAUAUACCCGUGAGUCCCGACGGUAGUCUAAAUUUGAAAUAUGGAGAUGGUGCUAAACUUGGAAUUUUUGUUCAAGUUUACUUUCGUUUUUUUAUUAC